AUGGAUCGAAGACUAAAAGACAUGUUUGGGGACUUCAGUUUCCCAGUCGAUUGUAUUCGCGCAAUCGUACCUUACGGUAACAUUCACGCGAACCUCCACGAUCUUGGAGAAGAUCUUACUCCUCCGCGUCAACUUCAGGAACCUUUAAUGGUUAAUACACCCACUUCAUACCAAUCUUCUAUACCUAUCAUAAGCACAGAUCAGAGCUCGACUCAGGUUCAGACCUUGGCUCAACAUGGCGAUGGCCAAGCCAACACCGCGAAAUACGAAGACGAAGGAGACAGCGUCAGCCCCACAUCAGGCUUCUCAACCAACUACCACGGGAAGAGGAAUGAAAAAAACAGGCCCGAUGAUAUCACAGAUGAAGAGAACUGCGCUGUCUGGAUCGAAGGCUUACCCGUCGAUAUUGAUUAUCCCACGCUUCUAGGAAAGCUUCGAGGGACAGGCAAGAUAUAUGCCGUUGUCAUCAACGACCCUGUUAAGAGGCACCACACGCGCGCCGCCAAGGUUGAGUUCUGGGGACGAGAUGACGGUAUCCGAAAAGCUUCCACGCCGACAACGACGACAGAUGAAUCUGCUAAUGUUUCGGUCGCCGAGUUCGCUGUACCCGGUAUGCAGAAAGCCCUUGUCGUUGCUCGUAAAGGCGAAUAUGAGAUUCGCCAUGACUUCCCGGUGCCGACGGUCGGGGACGAUGAGAUUAUGAUUCGAGGACACUACGUCGGCCUGAAUCCUAUCGACUGGAAAUCCGUUGACUAUAAUUUCUGUUUGCCUGAAUUUCCAUGGGUUACGGGACGAGAAAUGUCUGGUGUGGUAGCUCAAGUCGGUUCCGCCGUUACUCAUUUUAAGCAGGGCGACUAUGUCUGGACCAGUACGUAUUAUAAGGACGUUCGUGCUGGCUGUUUUCAGGAGUAUGUGGUCGUACCCUCGCAUACUGUGCUUCCCAUUCCAUUAGGAGUACCCAUUGAGGCCGCAGCAUGUCUGGGUGUCGCAGCUUUAACUGCAUCUAUGACAUUAUGGAAGUGGCUAGGCGUACCGUUCCCGCAACAACCUGUGGAUAACGAAGAGGAACAAUGGCUUUUGAUCUGGGGUGGCUCUACUGUCACAGGCCAAUUUACUACUCAGAUUGCGCGGCUCAGCGGGAUUAAAGUGAUAACCGUCAAUUCCGUGGAAACAAAGCCGUUAUCAGAGCGCUUAGGUGCGAACCAUGUGGUGAUGAGAGACGGAAAGUCGGAUGAACAAGUUGUGGACGAAAUUCGAUCUAUCACCAGCGACAAUGUCACGCGGGCAAUCGACUUAGUAGGACCUAAAACAGCAAACCUAGCGCUCGAUUCCGUAUCGAAAACCAAACCCGUCGCCUUCGCACCGCUAGCCAUGAUGUCAGGUUCUCAAAUAGUCCCCGAGAACGUUGAAGUGCAUACGGUUGAGAUGAAGCAGUUCGUCCUCGAUAAGAGCAACGUCCGUUAUACUGAAGAACUCGGAAAGCUGUUAGAAGGGGGCCGGAUUAUUUUGCCCGAGCUACAUUUGCUUGACGGAGGCUUACAUUCGAUUCAGGGGGGCCUUGAGAUGUUGAAAAAGGGGAACUUGAAAGGCAAGAAAUUGGUGGUGCGGAUGUAA